AUGACGCGUAAAAGCGAUGAUGACGAUGCUACGAUGAUUGGGCCAGAGGAGCCACCGUCGUGGUCGGGGAAACGGAAACGGGACGACCAGCAUCAUCAUCAUCAGCGGGGGAAAAAAGAACGACCGGAUUUCGCUCGGUUGGCGGGAAAGUACGACUAUUUCGCGAGACACGCGAUGAGGACGAAAAAGAAGAAUAAGAGCCACGAGAUGGAUAAAGUUUUCAUCGAUUUCACCUCCUGGCAAGCGACGCACGAUUUGUGCCGAGCUUUACUGGAAGAGAUUGGCGUGAAAAAUUGGUCCAUACCGAAAGGCCACCUCGUCCCUGGCUUUACGCAACGAAGAAACUAUUGCGAGUGGGUGGAAAGUCUGUUAGAGAAGGACGGCGUGCAAAUAGAGGAAGAAAACGUGCGCGGCGUGGACGUUGGAACCGGGGCGUCGGCAAUAUUCGCUCUGCUGUUCACGUCGAGACAUCCGAAGUGGGAUAUGUUCGGCACCGAUAUCACCGAGGAAGCGGUUGAGAGCGCUCGGAGGAACUGUCUGGCGGCGGGCGCGUCGGAGCGUUGUUGUAAGGACGAAGAGACGACUGAACAAGUCGUCGCCGCAGAGAACAAUAAUACGCACAGUAAUUGUAGUAGCGGUAGAAGUAGAAGAUGGAUUAGCAUUCGGGACGUCGCGAAAAAAAGGAGCAGCGGCGUCACUCGCGAAGAAGAAGAAGCCGAAGACGCCGAAGAGGAAGAAGACCAACCCAUCCUCGACCUCGACCUCUUCGAGGAAGAGCGCAUCGAUUUCACCGUGUGCAACCCACCAUUCUUCAACACCAUGUCCGAAUCCUCCCAAAAUCCGCGAACAAAUUUUGGAGGCACUACGAAAGAGAACAGUUACCGAGGUGGCGAAUCGAGUUUCGUCCGGCGAAUGAUUCUCGAGUCUCGCCAGGUCGCGCUUUCCCUCAAUUCCUCAAAAGGCGAAGAAAACCAACAUCGAGUUCGAUGGUUCACCACCAUGGUCGGCGCGAAAGCGACUUUAAAGAUGGCUAAAAAAUGUUUGCGAGAGAUGAAAGAGACGACGAAACUUCGCGAGACGGCGUUCGUGCAAGGGAAAACCCGAAGGUGGGGACUCGCCUGGUCGUUUCUUUGA